UUAACGACGAACAAUUCAUAUCGAACUUUUUUAAAACGAAAUUUUAAUUUAUUUAAAAAAUAUCAUUAUGGAAAUAUUUAGUAUUUUAGGUUUUCUAGUCUUAACGAUUGGACAAGAAGCCGAAAGUGCUCCUUUGGAAUCUAAAUUUCUCUGUGGCACCCAAGAUUAUCACUGUAUCAAUCAGAGUACAUAUUGGCUAUGUAUCGAAGAUUUGGAUGGCAACUUUUACGUAGAUGAUCCCAGUGAUAUGAGAAAGUGUCCAGGAAAAACAAUUUGCGAAAAUGGAUAUCCGAUUGAGUGUAGUGCAACAUUGACGACAACUUCAACUUUGAUUCCAAGUACGGAAGAAAUGAGUUCGACUACUAGAGGAUUUGAAGUAGUAACUCAGGAAGUUACUUCAACGACAACUAGCGACCCUGUAGACAUGACAUCUUCAAGCGUCAUAACGGAAGAAACAACUGAAAAUGAGAGUUCAACGAGACCAUCAAAGCCAACAACAGAGAGUUCUACGAGUUACGUACCGGAUACAUCUACCUCAGUAGUUAAUAGUGAACAAACGACAAUUGAAACACCAAGUGAAUCUACCUCGAACGGUUCAGAAAGUGAGACCCCUCAAGAAACGGUGACUGAAGAAUCUACUAGUGAAAGUACAUCAGAAAAAACAACUGAAGGUUCAGAAAAUCCUUCAGAACCGACAACUGAGGGCUCUGAAAGUGGAAAUCCUUCAGAAACGACAACUGAGGGAUCUGAAAGUGGAAAUCCUUCAGAAACAACAACUGAAGGAUCAGGAAGCCCUUCAGAAACGACAACUGAAGGAUCAGGAAGCCCUUCAGAAACGACAACUGAAGGAUCAGGAAGCCCUUCAGAAACGACAACUGAGGGAUCUGAAAGUGGAAAUCCUUCAGAAACAACAACUGAAGGAUCAGGAAGCCCUUCAGAAACAACAACUGAGGGCUCUGAAAGUGAAAAUCCUUCAGAAACGACAACUGAAGCAUCAGGAAGCCCUUCAGAAACAACAACUGAAGGAUCAGGAAGCCCUUCAGAAACGACAACUGAAAAAGUGGAAAUCCUUCAGAAACAACAACUGAAGGAUCAGGAAGCCCUUCAGAAACGACAACUGAAGGAUCAGGAAGCCCUUCAGAAACGACAACUCAAGGAUCGGGAAGUGAAAAUCCUUCAGAAACGACAACUGAAGCAUCAGGAAGCCCUUCAGAAACAACAACUGAAGGAUCAGGAAGCCCUUCAGAAACGACAACUGAGGGCUCUGAAAGUGGAAAUCCUUCAGAAACAACAACUGAAGGAUCAGGAAGCCCUUCAGAAACGACAACUGAAGGAUCAGGAAGCCCUUCAGAAACAACAACUGAGGGCUCUGAAAGUGGAAAUCCUUCAGAAACAACAACUGAAGGAUCAGGAAGCCCUUCAGAAACAACAACUGAAGGAUCAGGAAGCCCUUCAGAAGCAACAACUGAAAGCUCAGAAAAUCCAUCAGAAACGACAACUGAGGAAUCUGAAAGUGGAAAUCCUUCAGAAACGACAACUGAAGGAUCAGGAAGCCCUUCAGAAACGACAACUCAAGGAUCAGGAGGCUCUUCAGAAACAACAACUCAAGGAUCGGAAAGUGAACCCUUCAGAAACGACAACUGAAGCAUCAGGAAGCCCUUCAGAAACAACAACUGAGGGAUCGGAAAGUGGAAACCCUUCAGAAACGACAACCGAAGAAUCAGGAAGCUUUUCAGAAACGACAACUGAAGCAUCAGGAGGCUCUUCAGAAACGACAACUGAAGGAUCGGGAAGUGAGAAUCCUGCAGAAACGACAACUGAAGCUUCAGGAAGCCCUUCAGAAACAACAACUAAAGGCUCAACAAACCCUUCAGAAACGACAACUGAGGGAUCAGGAAGUGAAAGUUCUUCCGAAACGACAACUAAUGGAUUAACGAGUGCAAAUCCAGAGUCAUCAACGAGUGAAAGUUCUCACGAAUCCACCACAGCAAGUUCAGGAAGCGAGAAUCCUUCUCAGUCAACAACUGAAAUCUCAGAAAAUCCUUUAGAAACGACAACGAAAGAAACUACUCCAGAAAUGACUACGGCAACAUCCGAAAGCUCUGUAACUUCUACAACAGAAUAUCCUCAGUCGACAUCAACUCAAAGCACAGGAAGUGAAACAUCAGAAAGCACAUCUACAUCCGAAAGUUCUACAAGCGAAGCUCCUACAACAACAACAAGUGUCUCGUCGACCACAAGUGAGACAACGAAAACCCCUAGCACAACUGAAGAACCAACUGUUCCAAGUAAAUCCACUGAAGUCUUACCACCGCAAACAUCUGAAAACCCUCAAACAUCAACGGAAACUUCGACAAACCGUCCAAUUACUUCAACAACUGAAACUUCCUCAACAGCUACUUCUCCAUCCACAACGUUUUCUUCGAUAGUAACAUCAACGACUACCCAAAGUACGACAACAACUUCUACGACUACGACAUCCACCACUCCUAAGCCAUCAACUGCUCAUGAUGACAGCUCCGAAAGCAAUGAAAGCACGUCAGUUGAAUGCAAAAAAUUCGAGUGUAAAGAACAGGGAUUGUUUGCUGAUUGCUCUGAUUGCAGAAAGUACUACAAGUGUAAGCAUAAAAACAAUCGGAAAUGGCAACAACAACACAAAAAAUGUAGACGAGGAUAUUUGUUUGAUGAAGCAGAACAUAAGUGUGUAAGAGCGCACCAAGCCAAAUGUUUGUACAAGCCGAAAGACUCGAAGGAAAAACAUUCAAGAGAACGUAAUUCCGAAUCAAAUGAAAGCUAAUCAUCGUCUUUUGUUAUAAAACUCAAAUGAUCCUUUUGUGAAAAAUGGUUAUUCAAUAAAUGAUGAAUUCGAUGACCUCUAAACUUUACAAUCAAUCCGUUAUCAAAA